CAUCAAAGAAGCGAAUCAAAGUCACGAAGGGAGAAGAGAUACAGGUUGUGAGAGAGAGGAAGGAGGGAAGAAGGGUGCCGGCUAGUUGUGGUGGUCGUCGACCGUGAGCCGCAACAAUUCUGUGAGGUGCGACAUUGGAGGGCUGACCUUAGAUACAUUUUGCGACAGAGUAGGGUUGAUCUUUCCAUCCCUUUGAUUCACCGAAGCUAGGGUUUCGAAGGGUAGUUGCCGUCGUCGAUUCUUGAGGGAAGAGGCAAGUUCUCGGUGAUUGAUCGGCGAUAGAGAAGGUGAGAAGAGAGAAGGGUGAAUUGGGAAGUGGCGAGCUACAGUUGCGAGUUGGGUGAGGAGGACUUGGUGCGUUUGAAGUUGAGCUACGAUCUGGGAAUCAUCUUCUUGGAGUUAUCUGCCGUGAGCUAGAAAUUGUUUGCUCAGAAUGAAGCGGAAAGUCGUUGUAUGUUCGUCGAAGAAAGUGGCCAAAAAGUUACCAGGCAAAGCAAGUAGGGAAGAGGCUGCUGAGGUGCCUUCUGUCGAGCAUUGGUUCCGUGCUUCUUAUUUUGGAGUCGGGGAUAGAUUCUGGCAACAGUUGGAGGAUAAGAGGACUGUUAAUCCGUCUCAGGUUUUGUUGGGGGUACCCGAGGCAGAAGAAGGGGCGGAGGGGAUGAUAGCUCCCGAAUCUAUUAUGCGGUUACACAUAGAGCGCGGCCUCUACCCAUAUGCAUUCCCAGCUCAUGACAGUUAUGCUUUUACUAAAAAUGGUGGGGGUUUCGAUGCUUGGGUUGAGGAAGCGUUGACUGAUCCUUCUUUUAAAGAGGUUUUAAAGAAAGCAGGUGUGUAUGGUGCUAUAGUGGCAAGUAUGGGGUUAAAUGUGAGAAGGGAGCCAUCAUGGUUGUGUUGGCAUUUUCCCGUUGGAGUUCUAGUUCUCACACCUUUGUUACUCUGUGGGGGGAAUUGACACCUACAUUGGAGGAUGUCUGUGCAUUGACUGGUUUGCCUCUACUUGGUGUUGCAGAUCCACUUGCUAAUACAUCUGUUCCGAGUCAUCUAAAGAUUGUAUCGAUUCUGAAAACCUCAGUUUCAGAGACAGGAUUCUUAUUGAGCGGCUAUGAUAAAGGAGGAGUGUAUCUUGGGCUGUAACGUCGGGAGCAUUGUAAGAAUACCUCUGGGGGAUGGCUACGGUAUUGGUAUCGAGAUUUGAAUCCAUUUCCGGCAAAAGGAAUCGAGAUAGGG